AUGACCGGUCCUACUCUGAUGCAAGCGCUCACGCAAAGCUUACGCUGCACCGCGCUUCGAAUCUGGCCGAUAGUCUUGGCCGGCCCCUGUCUCAACGGGGAGUUGCAUCUGGGCAUCCUGGGCAUCCUGCUCCUUCCCCGAAACCUCGUUCUCCGUCGCAGCGCACUCCGAGCCCCUCCUGACGACCUUGCGCAUAGCCCCUAUUGUGCAGCCCUGAAGCGAAGAAGAGCCACGAAAUAUCAUGGCAUGUCAAACAUGUUGGCACCUGGAGGAGGGAUCAGCAUCUCCAAGCAGGACUCCGUGUUCUGGUCUACGUGCGACACGGCCUUCAGCAAGGCCUGGAGCCUGGAUGCCUCCAGGCAGGCGCCGGGCAACGUCCAGCUUGUCUACCGAGAUCGGCAAGCGGCCGCAUGCGUCGACCCGAUGACCGGCAAAAUGGAGGACUGCGCGCUGGAGACGGAUGUGGAAGCGCACACGAAACAAGUCUUCUCCUUGGACUACCUGGCACCUCUUGCCGCGCGGUGGACCCACCUGGCCUCCGGACAGAAUGUGCAGCCUGGAGCCUGUGUUCGAGCUCAAAACAGGUACCUGCCAUACCUCAAAGUCGACCAGCCCCUUGUGUCCUGUGCAGAGGGGCAGGUGCUGAGCUCCUUCUCCUUCCGACAAGAUAGCUCUUGCAACGGCGCUGACUACUUCCGCUAUUUCUACAGUUGCACAACCAUUGUGCCGGUGAAGGGUACCUCAAUGUGCACCCCGAAGACGACGCGCUGCGUCGCCCACAGCGGCAGUCAUCCGCACCUUUGGGAAUUGGACAGGCACGAUGUGGGAUCACAAUGCGGAGCUGGAACGUUGUUGACAAAGUUCGAGUACAAGAGCUGCAAUGGGGACGAUGGUGCUGGCUACCAGUAUGCAUACACGUGCUGUCCAGCGCAAGGUUUGGGCGAAUGCUCCGAAGCGACAACAGAAUGGGGAGAGGUUGGCCAGAAAAGCGACCUUGCGGCCUUGACGCACCACCGGCCCCAGUGCCCUCGAGACAGCGGUUUGCAGCGCUUCCUCCUGGAGUCCAAAGUUCCGGAGGUUGCUCAAGGUGCCACUCUCCAAGGCGAGGUGAGGUACACCUUUGUCUGCUGCAUGUUGCCUGUGGCACCGCCUGUCAGUGUCAAGACGGGGCCAUUGGAUGCAGGCAUUGCGUGGGAAGGCACGUAUUGUCCAGCAGGACGUAGCGAAGGUCGGGCCACCCUCAUGCGAGGAAAGGCUUCGGCACCUUAUUUCACUAAGAGAGAGGGGGUGUCAUGCGGCUAUCACGUGGACAAUCUGGCCAAGAUUGUGGAUGGCGGGGCAUACUUGCCCAGCAUCAGGGCGAAUGCCCUGAGCACUUGUGGCCCAAUCUGUGAUGCGGCGCCCAGCUGCGAUGGCUUCAUUUGGACUGAUGGGAUCUGCGGCUUCCGCUUGGACACGUCAAUCCAUGUGGCCUCCAAUUCUGGUGCCGACUGCUACAGCAAGGUGCCGGAGUCAAAAGCCAUGAAAAUCAAGUUCGAUCGUCUUGCCGGCCAUUGGUGCAUGAUUUCCCACAGCGAGCAGUCCGUUUGUAUCACUGCCGAUGCAUCGCAUCCACUUCUACUACCUCCAGGAGGCGAAGGCAGUGUCGACUACUCCCCGGUCCUGCCCAUGGACACAGAGUUUGAGGGCAAUGGGGCUGUGGAAGUGGCGCGCGACUCUAUGGCUCAGAGCCUCCUAGGAACAUCGAAUUCUGCAAUUAGUGGAGCUGGGACCAACGGCGGCUUGGGAAACAAGAAGUUCAAGAAAUUGCCAAAGAUCCCAGCUGCCAAGUUCAACAUGGCAAAGUUCCAGUUCGAGAUGGCGGAGUUCAAGCCAUUCGAAGGUGAGCGCCAAGAGCUUCAGCAGCGUGGGGUCACCGAAGUGCUGAAUUGGAGCCCUGAGCCGAUUGUGCCUCUCGGCAUCCUUCAUAAGGAAAGGCAGAAGGACGUCGUCGGUGCAUGCUACCAUGCCCUGGGCGCAGAUUCCAGCGGGGCGGCGGCUGUGGAGACGUGGGGGGAAGAGGGCACUCCAGGGAAGAAGAACACUGACUGGCAAGAGCCCUACUUUGCCGCCAAUCCGACUUUCCCCGGCCUCACCGCCGAUGCGGUCUGGGACUGCAGCACGCGCGACAUCAACCGUGGAUACAAGUUGGCCAUGUGGGACCGUGAAGCUGAUUUUGCAAGCAGCACCAUCGAGGACUUUUCUGAGCCAGUUGUCACAAAAGCUUGCCAACAACUUCCUGGAACAGUGGCGCUGGCUGGUGCCAUUGCCGCUUAUGCAGGGACGGACAUGGAUGCUGGAGACAUGUGUGCUGCCGUAGCCAGUGCAGUAUCAGCGGGCUCCCUUUUCGCCAUUGCCCAGACGCAGUAUUACAGGGCGCUGAGGUACGACGAAAGCGAUUUCCAAGAUUGCAACCCCCUGCAGAACACAAUGGCCAAGGUUUACUGCGACCUGUCCUGCGUUGAGGAUGCAGUCAAACGAGGCGACCAGAAAAUCCUUACCUCCAUUGGCACAUUGAACAGAAACAUCCUCUCGGAGAUGAAGGAGUUCUUCCACCAUUAUGUCACCGAAAUCUUUACCCGGUUGACACACAUGGAAGACAAGUCCUCGCAUGAGAGUCAGCAGCUGAAGUCUGUCAUGGACACCUAUGCUCAAGCUGAUGUUGAUGCAGUCAAUUCCAAUGGAAAGCAGAUCAUCAAAGCCAUGAAUUCGCAGCACAGCGCGCUCAACAAGAAUCUUGGCAUUGCUGCCAAGCAGAUCUUUGACCUCACGCACGAGGACGGGGAGCGUCGGGCAUGGGACGGGGACAGGAAUUUGGAGAUGUCGCCGAAUUGA